AUGAAGAAGGAUUCAUCAUCACUCUACGAUUCACUCUACGGUUUCUAUGAAAAAUUCUUUCCCUCUGUCCGGGAUAGAACGAAAGAAAUGGAAGCUUCCAAACGAUUCAAGUACCGACGACCAGCCUGUCUGAAUGGAUGCGUAGAUGGUUUCAAACCCAAUUGGUUCGUGUCGAACAUGCUGCUGUGUCCUGCGAAUUGGGAAUACGCAAUCUCCGAUUUGUUGGUGCCACAUUUAUACUCCAUGGGAAUCGACAAUCCAAACAAAGUCACAAUGAUGAAUUGCUUAACUUGGAGACCGAUUUCGUUAUUCUGUCUAAUUUAUGGAGGUCAAGCUGGCUUGGGAAAGAGUCUGCAUUAUUGUUUGGCAUUGCUACUUCCAUUGCAACAGACAACGGAUUGUGCAGAUGGUCAAAUGGCUCGGCGGUAUGGUCUUGGCAGUGAAUUUGGAGCUUGGUUUGAUCACAUAACAGACAAUGUUUAUGGUCUGAUUUUCAGCUUAACUAUGCUGUCCAAGGUAUAUGUUGCAAAUGAGAGCAUUUGGCCAUUUUUACUUUUGUCGGUAGUUCUAGGAUCUAUUGGAGGACUUGGAAACUUUUGGAUUCAGGCGGAAGAGGCUGGACUCAAGUAUGACCAAAUGACAUUCAUGAAUAAGGUGGGAAUGCAUCAGAUGCUCUUUCUCUCAUACAUCUAUCCAUUUUGGAUCAUUCUUUUCAUUGAGAUGGAUUGGCUAAAAUGA